AUGAACCUCAUAGCCCAAGAUCCAACAGACAUGAACCUCAGCGACACACUCUUCCAAGGACAUUGGAAGCAAUGGUGGGCUGGAGAUGCAGCCUUCCUUGAAACAUUCAAUACGGCAGCCCCGAACGUCUACGUACAAGAAGAACAGCUUCAAUAUGGCGCUUACGCCUACGACAGAGACACCUCGAUGCACUGGACAUCGCCUACGACCUCAAUGUACAGCUAUCCCCUUCCCUCCCCAUCUUCCAAGGCUACCAGCAUCGACAUCGCGACCGGUGACUCUGAGAGCCGUCUUGGCUCUUUAUUAACUCAAACCGACAAACGCAAGGGGAACAUGACUCGAUCUACAGCAGCCUCAAAUGCACCAAAACGCGCCUUAUCUCGAAAAAGAACCAAGUUGGAAGCCACAGAAAAGCCCAAAGCCUGCAGAAGUAAAUCCAAGCCAGCUCCCCAGUCCCAAUCUGUAAGGACGCCAUCUCCCGAGCCAAACAAAGAAGUCGAUGAAGACAGCAAGAAAGUUCAGGAGAGGAACCGCAUCGCCUCCAACAAAUUCCGCUUCAAGAAGCGCGAAGCCGCAAAGAGACUUCGGGCCGAAGAACAAGAUAUGGAGCGAGCAAACCGCGACUUGUCGAGCUGUGUAUUCGACCUGACGAUGGAAGUUUACGAUCUGAAGAUGAGGCUUUUACAACACACGGACUGCGAUUGUUACUUGAUUCAAGAUUACAUUGCGAAUGAAGCGCAUCGAUACAGUCAAGACUUGGGCGAUGGAAAACAAACCCCGGCGACGCCUUCUUAUACCCUCAUCAACUUCUCUAACGCCACCAAUGAACUCCUCCUGAGCGAAUCUCUAUUGCAAUCGCAAGAAACUACAAUGACGAUUACGGACGAAAACUAA